AUGAGCGAACGUCUUGAGUAAAAAUUUGCCAGUGGUCAACUGACUAAGGGAGUUAAGUCCAGUGCACCACAGAAUCAAAAUUCAGAGGAACUUGAACAGACUCUUCACAACUAGGUCAUGUCCAAUACAUGCCCCAUUUGCUUUGAACUCUUCUUACCCCCAAAUAACUAGCCAUUCAUCCUCUUUCCCUGUGGACAUACCUUUUGUAAGAUUUGCAUUAGCAGUUACACGAAAUAAAAGAAGAAAUGCCCUUUCUGUAGACAGUCUAUUCAGUCUAUGGCUCCAAAUAUAUCUCUCUAGAAUCUGAUAUUGAGUGCUAACGAGAAAAAAGAUGAAGUGAUUAAGCGUCUUAAAGCCAAGCAAGAUCAAAUGCUGAAGAAUAACGCUUUCUCUACUGAUAAUAUGGGUCAAAUGCAAAGCAAUAACUCAUCUAUUUCUUCUCAAUUUGAUCAAGAAAAGUAUCUGAAUGACUACAAACUUUUGGACAUCAGGUGUGGAGUUCUGGAAGAAGAGAGGCAGGAUCACUUAGUGCAACUCUCAGAUGCUAAGAGUGCAAUUAGAGCUAAAGAAAUAACUAUUGAAAAAUUAGCUGAGGAAAGAGAGGAUUGUCAAGCAAGAAUGAGAAAGCUUCAAUAAGAGAUGAAUCUAAUUUAAGAUUUCCAAGAAAAAGAGUAAGAGUCAAUAGAAGAGCUAAGGGGGGAAAAAUCUCGACAUGAGUAAAGUAUGAAAUUUAUAGAAGAUGCACUAGCUCCAUUGAAAACUGAAAAGGAAAAAGUGUAUAUGAUGAUUAAAACCUUAGCACCCCAUUUAAUGAAUGAAUUACGCUGA